AUGUCUUGGGUUGAUGGUGAAUACAAACAAAAAUCAGCAACACAAACACCAUCCGGUCAUUUAUCGACUACCAGUGAAGCGGAAAUCAGCUGUAAACCGACAAACGAUGAACGUGUUUUAUAUCAAAGCAGUAAGGAUGAAGAAUUACAUUAUGCUGAACUUAGCUUGCCAACGGGUGGUGGCAGUGUUGCCAGCAAUACAAAUCCUAAAAAAACCAUAUCAGUAGAUUGUAGCAGUAGCAUGUUAUUACAGGAAGCCGGCAUUAAUACCAAUUUAAGUGGUAUGACUGCGGGUACCUUACCUCACGGUUCCAGUGUACGCAAAAUGUUGCCCAACAUACCGGCAACGAGUACACUGCAACGCAAUAAACCUAUGGCUCCACCGCCCUCCUACGAUUACUUUGAGGAGCCCACGAUAUAUGCUCAAAUAGAUCAUUACAAGACCACAAAUACAAGCGCCAGCAAUUCCAGUUCUGUGUCACCCUUCCCGCCUUGUAUAUCCUCACCAGCCUCCCAGGGCACACCUUCCACCGUGUCACCGGGCACUGUACAAAUGUAUACGCUACCUUCACAUCCCGGUGUUGUUGAUAAUGACAAUGAUGAAGAUGAAGGCAAAGAAGAUAAUAAUGAUGAUGAUGACGAUGACGACGAUGAUGUUAUUUUUGUGUGA